AUGGCUGAAGCUGCGGGUGCAACUGCGACGGAGACCCCGCCUUGGUGGGCAGCGUUUCCUGCCCCCAAAGCCAAGUCUUUGGAAGUCGAGGCUGACGAGGUGAUGGCGUUGCUUGAGGCUAGAGCUGCAGAUGGGCAAGAUAGGGCCCGCGACUUUCUGCUUGUGGACGUACGCAGGAACGAUUGGGAGGGCGGGACGAUAUCAACGUCGAUCAACUUCCCCGCCCAGACGCUGUACCAGACAAGGCCCGUCAUCCAUGAGUUGUGUAAGCAGGCUGGUGUCAAGCGUAGCAGCAACGGACGCGGCCCACGCUCUGCGAACUGGCUGCAGGAUUACUUUGAUGACGUUGGCGAGACCGCUGUGCAGGCCGUCAUCCUCAAGGGCGGCAUCAAGGGCUGGGUACGCAAGUACGGCUGCCGCAUGAUGGAUUGGUAUGACGAGAAAGCCUGGGAUGUUGCCAAGUGA